UGCCACGAUGGCCCUGGUAUCCUCACAGGCUGUUACCAGAAGUGUCAUCGCCAUGUUAGUCCAGCCAUCGAGGAAACCAUCCACCCAGAUAUCCGGACUGCACCUCAUCGACUGACUCCCACGAGCACCGUGACCGCACCAUCAGCAGAGCCUGCAGAUGUUUUUCCGUUUGGUUAUGAUAUUGGGAAUAGCCGCCGUGCGCAACGAGAGCGCACCCAGAACGCAAGCAAACGAAACGCAAAGGCGCAACGCACACCACAGAGGAAUACCAAAGAUGGCGGAAGAAAAGAAAGGGGGGCCGGAACGGAAGGCAGAUACGGAACAUACUGAAUAGAUCUUGGUGAAACACCGAUCAGCUAUGCUCAGGAAGAAGUUGUCAUUAUUGGGAUCACGUAAUUCAC